AUGGCUAUCACAACGUCCUACCUCUUCUUUGCCAUUCUUCCUGGUGCGAUCCUGAGUGUAUUCUUAUACCGCUUCGCUCGGGACACAUAUCGACUUCGAUACCACAAACUGGCCAAGUUCCCAGGCCCGAGAGCUGCGGCCGUCUCCACGGACUGGUUGUACAAGGUUUCCAUGGAAGGUGAUCCUGAAGCUGAGUUCGCACGAUUGCACGAGGCUUACGGUAUUCAUGCCAUUCGCAUCGCUCCUAACGAAUUGCACUUGUCCGACCCGGAUCUGUACAAGACUGUAUAUAGUCAAGAUGGGCGGUACCCCAAAGAGGACAAUUUUUACAAGACUUUCGCGAACGAUCACGGCGUAUUCGGCACGAUGAGCCCCUCUUUGCAUAAGAUACUUCGGCAACGAAUGACGCCAUGCUUUUCUCACGGCAACAUGGUGAAGGGACAAAGUCUCAUGACAUCUUCCCUCACCGAACUUGCGGCCAAGCUGGAGGCUCGUGGAUAUACCAGACCUGUCGAUAUGUACAGUUUCUGUCGCUGCUUCCCUCCAGAUGUCAUCAGCAAGUUUGCGUUUGGACAGAGCACCGUCCUCUCAGCUUGUGACGAUGACUUUCGAACCCCUAUUCUGGAGUCGUUCGAUGCAGCCUCGAAAGGAACAUGGUAUCGCGCAUAUUUCCCGCAUAUGAGAUGGUUGCAGGAUAUGAUGCCAAUCGGCAUUGUCGCGCGGUUCAAUGAGGAGCUUCAAAGGUUGAAAGACUUCCAGGACUUUGGUAGAAAUGGCAUCCGUAAUGUUCGAGCUGGUGCAACGAAUGGCACAGAGCUUGCACCAAUGAUGUCAAGCGUGAAAGAUCUCCCUGAAGAAGCCAUACAAGGGACUGCAAUCAGCUUCAUCGGCGGCGGCUCGGACACGGCUGGAUACACGCUCGCCUUCGCUAGUUGGCAUGUCCUUCGCGAUGCGAACCUUCACAAGCGACUCUUGGCUGAGCUUGAUCCCAUCUUCGACGCUGCCGCGCCGGAAAUGCCUGAUCUGGCCACUCUCGAAUCCGCUCCCGUCCUCAAUGCAGUGGUCAAUGAAUCAUUACGGUGUGGACCGGCCUUGCCUGGUCGGCUUCCGAGAGUUGUUCCCGAGAACGCCAAAGCACCUCUCAUUGUUGACGGAGAGCUGGUUCCAGCGGGAACCAUUGUCGGCCUAUCGGCCUCCACGAUGCACAGAAGUCCUGAAAUUUGGGGCGCCGACGCCGCCACCUUCAACCCGGAUCGUUGGCUUGAAGGUCGGGCAAAGUUUUCCAACAUCGCCGUAUUUGGAAAGGGUGGGCGUGACUGCAUCGGACGCCCUUUGGCGUUAGUAGAGUUGCACAUUGGACUGGCGUUCCUAUUCCAUAAGUACAGAUACGAGCUUCAGCCUGGGUCAGACAAGUGGGUAAGUCAUGAUCGCUUCACAGCUCUUGCGACUGAGCCUUUCUUCGUCAAGAUGACACCAAGAGCUAGUGGUGAAGGUGGUAUCAUUGCUUGAAUUUGUGACGGGUCGCAUGAUUUCAUAGUUUUAUUUGAGGGGUGCCAACAUCAGAGGCGGUCAAUGAAAUAAUUAACGAUUCUUUUCCGACAACGACCCAUGAAUGUGAGCCCCAC